CAGCCAUACAGCCAUCCCGCAAAAUAUUAAACCGCCGGGCUUACAACGCCAGCAAACAAACAAACAAACGGCCAACAAAAAUGUAUAAUAAAAAAUUACAGCAAGUGAUCGUGCAGAAAAUAGAUCGAUAAACCCAAACCCAAAGCUAAACCGAACUCGAACCCGAAAAAAGCGAAAAAACACGGUCCAGCGGAAAGUAUAAAAAUAAAUAAACGAGCGACGAUCAGCGAGCGAUCAAGGAGCCAAAGCAGGAGGAGCACGUUUCUGGGUUUUUGUUUCAAUUUCAAUUGUGGAAAUCGUAGAGGAAAAAUUCGAACCGGUCCCCGAGUCGCCAGUGAGGAGCAGCCAAGAACCCACCGCCGAUAUUUAUUAAACAAAGACAGAAAUUAAUUUCACGAUUUUGCAAAGGCUCCAUUGCACCGCUGCACCACCCCCUGGAAUUCCCCGCCCUCCAUGAGCGGCUUGAACUUUGAGCCUGAGGUCUGGGCUUCAACAGGGAAGAACUAGGAAUCGGGAUCUUUGCCGCGACCGGCAAAAUGAACGACAUCAAGCUUUUGGAAGCGGGACAACAGCAACAGAAACAACAGCAAGCACAGCAGUUACCGCAGCAGCAGCAGCAGCAGCAACUCACCUGCAGCGUGAUAGCAGCGCCGGAGAACCGGGAUAAUCCCAGUUCCAGUUCCAACUCCAAUAGCGUUUCCAGACCCAAUCCCAACGAGGCCUCCCACAUGAUGCGCCAUUCGCUGAGGGUACGCAAAUUCAUACUUUGGGCCUUGGUCGCCUUCGUCGUCGGCAGUAUACUGGCCUGGAUCACGUAUGAGUACGACCUGAAGAGUCACCAGGACCUGAACUCCUUCUCCUCCGACACCGACACCCCCGCCGCGGAGCCGCUGGUGAGCAGCUACCGCGUCGAGUUCAUCAAGGAGGCGGCUGCGUACGAGGCCGAGCUGAGUGCCGAGCAGGUGUUCCGCAAUGCCUUUCAUCUGGAGCAGGACAAAAAUGCCCCCGACUCGAUGGUGGUGAAGAAGCUGGUCACCGACGACGGCAGCAUCAAGGAGUUCCAUGUCCAGCGCACCGCCAGUGGGCGAUAUCGCAAGGGACCGGAGAGGAGGCUGUCCAAGAAGCUGCCAGAGAGGCUAAUGCUGCAGCCACCGGAGACAGUUCGUCCUGCGCCAGUUAGCCAAUCCUCGAGCGAUCAGCCAGCGGGCCUCAUCGAGGACAACGUCUUCUGGGGACCCAUUGUGGAGCAGUCGCUGCCCAAGGGAUUCGCCUCGCAGGACCAACUGGCCUGGGAGCGCUUCGUGGGCGAGCAGGGACGAGUGGUGCGCCUGGAGCAGGGUUGCGGGAGGAUGCAGAACCGCCUGGUGGUGUUCGCGGACGGAACGAGGGCCUGUGCCCGCUACCGCCAGAACACGGACCAGAUCCAGGGCGAGAUCUUCAGCUACUACCUGGGCCAGCUGCUGAACAUCAGCAAUCUGGCGCCCAGUGCCGCCACCGUGGUGGACACCAGUACGUUCAGUUGGGCCGCCGCCCUCGGGGACAUCUCGCAGGCCCAGUGGAAGGAGCACCGGCCGGUGGUGCUGACCCGCUGGCUCUCCGAUUUGGAGCCGGCCGGCAUCCCUCAGCCCUUCCAGCCCUUGGAGCGGCACCUCAACAGGCACGACGUCUACAACCUGACGCGGCACAUGCAGCAAUCGCAGCCGGGAACGCAGCAGACACAGGGAUUACUCAAGCGGUUGGGGGCUGCCAGUUCGCCCGGCUCCGCUCAUCAAUCAAACGCGAUUGAGGAGACAGGAACAGGAACGGCAACGUUAAGAGCAACAGGCAACGGAGCGCUGGUGCAGCGACUAAUUGAAUUGGCACAAUGGUCCGAUUUAAUCGUCUUCGAUUACCUGAUCGCGAACCUCGAUCGGGUGGUUAAUAACCUGUACAACUUCCAAUGGAACGCCGACAUCAUGGCCGCGCCGGCGCACAACCUGGCCCGCCAGUCCGCCUCGCAGCUGCUCGUCUUCCUGGACAACGAGAGCGGCCUGCUGCACGGCUACCGGCUGCUGAAGAAGUACGAGGCGUACCACAGCCUCCUGCUGGACAACCUCUGCGUCUUUCGGCGGCCCACCAUUGAGGCACUGCGUCGCCUGCGGGCGGCGGGAGCGGGACGGCGGCUGCGCGACCUCUUCGAGCGGACGACGAGCGCCGGAGUGCGGGACGUUCUGCCGUCGCUGCCGGACAAGUCGGUGAAGAUCCUGGUGGAGCGCAUCGACCGGGUGCUGGGUCAGGUGCAGAAGUGCCAGGGAAGCUAAUGAAGACCCAGCUCCACCGCCCAAACACGACUGAUAAGCAGAGGGUGCAUCUUCAUCUGGAUCGGGAUAGCAGUAGUCAAGGGGUCAGUGGCUUAGGCGGACGGGGGGAGCCUUUAUCAUCGAGGGGGGUCUUAGAAAAUGUUAUCCUUUAAUUUUGAUAUCCAAAAAUUGUCUUUGAAAAUUAAUAUUCUUAAGUAGUUUACCUCCCUGCCUACGCCACUGCCCCAAAAGGGAGAUCCGAGUAUUAAAGGGUGAUCCACCAAAAUACCUAACUUGUAAAUGCCAGACUCUAUCCACGAGUAUUAAGCUUACCUAUUCCGUAAACGUAAACCUAAACCUAAACCUAAACGUAUCUGUAUAAACUAAGCUAGCGUUAACAAUGUGUGUGAUAUUUGUCUAAGGAACGUAAGCCUAAGUAGAUUUCAUUUUACCUUUACAACCAAUAAACCACAAAUAUACCGAACAAAA